GCCGGCCCGCGGCGCCCCCCGGCCGCACCCCCGCGCGGAGCUCGCGGCCCGGACCAUGGGGCUGGGCGGAUCCGGGGCUCGGCCGAGCUGAGGCGGCGGCGCCCGCCCGCGCUGUCCGCUCGCCGGCGCCUGGCUCUCACGAUGAUGAAGAAGAAGAAGUUUAAGUUUAAGGUGGACUUCGAGCUCGAGGAGCUCUCCUCGGUGCCCUUCGUCAAUGGGGUCCUCUUCUGCAAGAUGCGGCUGCUGGACGGCGGCAGCUUCACCGCGGAGUCGUCCAGGGAAGUGGUGCAAGCAAACUGCGUCCGCUGGAGAAAGAAGUUCUCAUUUAUGUGCAAAAUGAGUGCAAGCGCCACCUCAGGCAUCCUAGAUCCUUGUAUCUACAGAGUAUCUGUAAGGAAGGAGUUAAAGGGUGGAAAAGCUUAUGCAAAGCUGGGAUUUGCAGAUUUAAACCUGGCAGAGUUUGCUGGAUCAGGAAAUACUACUCGUCGCUGUUUACUGGAAGGCUAUGAUACCAAAAAUACAAGACAGGAUAACUCCAUUCUUAAAGUUUUGAUCAGUAUGCAACUGAUGUCUGGUGAUCCAUGUUUCAAAACGCCUCCUUCAACGUCAAUGUCUAUACCAAUUGCUGGUGAACCCGAGUCUCUGGAAGAAGACAGAAAAGGUGGAGAGACCCUCAAAGUCCAUCUUGGAAUAGCAGAUCUUUCAGCAAAGAGCACCUCUGUUCCUGAUGAACUGGGUGCCUGUGGACAUUCCAGAACAUCAAGCUACGCAAGCCAGCACUCCAAAGUAUCAGGAUAUAGCACAUGUCAUUCCCGGUCAUCUAGUUUCUCUGAGUUCUGCCACAGAAGAAAUACUUCAGUGGGAAGUACAUCAACAGGAAUUGAAAGUAUUUUAGAGCCUUGUGAUGAAGUGGAGCAGAAAAUAGCUGAACCAAAUCUUGAUACCGCUGAUAAAGAAGAUACAGCCUCUGACAAACUCAACAGAUGCCCAAUGAAACAGGAUUCCGUAGAAUCUCAGCUGAAACGAGUGGAUGACACCAGAGUGGAUGCAGAUGAUGUUGUGGAGAAGAUACUACAAAGUCAAGACUUCAGCCUAGACUCCAGUGCGGAAGAAGAAGGAUUGAGGUUAUUUGUGGGUCCUGGGGGAAGCACAACCUUUGGCAGUCAUCACCUUCCAAAUAGGGUAGGGUCUGGAGCUUACGAACAAGUUGUAAUUAAACGCUAGCAGUCAAACCAGUGAACAGAUGCUUCCGUGUGGAUUUCAGGAUCUACCUUUGUAGUUCAGGCUGGCCUUGAACUCACAGCGAUCCUCCUGCCUCAGCCUCCCAUGUCCUGGCAUUACAGGUGUGCAUCACCACACCCAGCCAAGAAAAAUGAAGUUUUUUUUCCUCUUUCUAAAAAUGAAGUUCAUCUAUUAAGAGGGAAACUGACACCAGUUUCUUCUCCAAAAGCACCUGCCACCAAUCUGUCCAACCCAUUGAAAAAGAACAUUUGUCUGCAUGGUGGUCUCAGAGCAGUGUGCCAGUGCAGGCCACGGAAGUACACUGCUCCUAUGGUCACUGGACAUGGGAAUGGAAGACCUGCUUUUACUUUUUCCAGUGGAGAAAAAGGCAUCAGACACAUCUGAGUAUAAGUUUAGUAUUCAGGUAUAAAAUCUAUGACAGAGGUGCUGAACAGAUUUGGACUCUAUGUUAUUUUAACUUUACAUUUGGAAGACAGUAUGUGAGUGUAAUUUAAAUCCUAUAAAUGCUGUCGGGACAGUUACAAUUCCUGUGACGGAAACUUUCCAUACUAUAGAGUAACUAUACUAAGUCUAUUAACGCCCUUUGAUGCAGCAGUUGAUAUGAGAUAUAGGAAAAUGUUAUACUGCGAUAUGUAAAAUGCUUAAUAAUUUUAAGUGUAUCUGCCAUAAAGCAAAUGACCAAUGUGUUUUAAGUCUGAGGGAAGUGAAUGGGUGUAAUACUGUUAUUAUACACUAUACAGUAUAUUGUUACUUAAUAUUAGAUGAGCUGCAGAACCCCACUAGCAUUAUAUAAGUGAUUCAAAAUAAGCUUUGAGUCCACAUGUUAGGCUGCCAUAAGAUACCCUAACACAUGAGCUGUUCUAAAUUGCUGAAUAUUAGGAUCUACUGGUUUCAGCAUUCAGAAUUAGAACAAGAGGGAAAUUGUGAUAUGAUCAGAAACAGAGCAUCCUUCUCUGUGUCAAGGUUAGACUUAGCUGGAGCUGGAGAUCACUCUGACAUGGCAGUGGACCAAAACAGGGAGCUGCUGCUUGACAUUUGUGGUGCAGGAAGACAGUGUCAGAAGCCGGUUGUUUUGAGACAAGAAUAGGCUGUAAUGUACAUCAGAUACGGCUUUUAAAGUAGAAUUGGUUUAGCCUACGUAUUUUCAUGUUGGUAAAAUAAAAUUAUUAGAAUAAAAAUUAUUUUAAUAUAAUUUGGGGUUUGGAAAAAAAGAAUAACUCAUGUUAGAGCUUUUUUAAUAUUUUAAGAAUUGGAUAUUCCAUAUUAAUUUAGUAUUGCUUUUAUAAAUAGGUUUUGAAAAUGUUUUAAAAAUGACAGCCUGUUUCAGAAUAUUUUUAAUAUUAAGAGAGGGGUUUUAUGAGUCUUCAGUUAUGUGCACUAUUUUGUGGAUGUGUGGUGCUGGGGGCAGAAUGUCACAUUCAAUCCCCCCAACCCUUUGUUUUGUUUGUUUUGUUUUGUUUUGUUUUGUUUUGUUUUAUUUUGUUUUGUUUUGUUUUGUUUUCAGUCCAUGUUGUCUUGCAGAGUUGCCCGGGCUGGCCUGAGGCUUACAAUCCUCCUCCCCCUGUUGUCCUGACUGGUAGAGAUCACAGGCAUGCAUUACCACACUUACAGCUUUGUUUUAUGGAAAGAAUCAAAGUUUUAAGUAGAUAUGUGAAGAUACUGUUUAGAGAAAUCAAUGACAUUUUUGAAAAUAUAUUUUUCUAUUUUCAAAUAUUCUUUCUAGGCUCUAUUUUUUAUUGGCACUUCUGCAAAUGACUUUUGCAGUUUUCAGUACAAAACAAGUAGAUUGUAGGCAAGGUUCAGUGAGGAUGCUCAUCAGACGUAUGAAAGGUACUGUAACCAGGGCAGCGCCCCUGUCUUACUAACUUUGAUUACUGCUGGCCCUACGUCCUUAUAAGAUCGACUCUUGGCAUUUAAAAUGGUACAGAAUUCUUCCAUGAGCCAAAACCAAUAAUAAAACCCUCUUCUCACCUAAAAAAUAUGGUUCAAGAUCCUUUUUUAAAAAAACAGUGUGAAUAGAUUUUUCAAAAGCAUAAAAGUCAUUCCUUCAUAAUAUUAGCAGUGUCCAAGUACAUCUUGGUUUAUAUAGUAAUAAGUGUAAAAAAAGCAUUUUAAUGGAAACAUUAAAUAGGAAGAUAAAAAAAUGACUGUGUCCUCUGUGGUCAGCACCUUCCUUUUAUUCUCGUACUCCACUAGCAUAAUUUGCAUUCACAUUUUAGUACAGUCCUAUAAAACACUUGUCAGGUGUCUGCCUGAUUUUCUUGUUUGUAUUGUUAGUCCCUUAACCAUGUAGCUGUUAAAAAAGAAGCUGCUUACUAACUACUACAUCUACUUUUGAGUGAAGAAAAUUGGACUUCAAAACAUAAAUCUUGAUUAAUUUUUUUAAAUGCUAAAGCCAAUCUAGGUGAAUGCGCAGAUGUGUAAAACCUUUUCUAAUUCUGUUUUAAAGAAAAUGAAUGGCACUUGCAGGCUCAAGUCGGUGACGAGAUAAAGAAGACUUUUCUUUCUUUUUUUUUUUUUUGGUACUGGGGAUCGAACUUAUGACCUUGCACUUAGGCCACUGAGCUAAAUCCCCGGCCCAAGAAGGCUUUUAAAUGCUUUGUUCGGAAGAAAGUACAGAAUUCAGGAGGCCCUCUUCUGUAACAUGAGUUGGUGGCUGAGACCGGAUAGUAUGUGAAGGGCAGAGCUGGCCCUGAACUAUCAGUCUACACUUUAAUGGUUGAUGCCUCUUUGUGGUGUUUUGCAGGCUUCUGAAAACAAACAGCUAAUGUAGAUUAGUACCACAUGAUCUGAUAGUCUUGACCAACAACCCUAAAUUCCAUUUCCCAUCCUAGCAUAGUUAUCAGAAUGACAUCCAAACUACAUUUUUCUGAAUGUGCUUUUUUGUGUAAAACUCAGAGCCAGAGGUUGACCACUUAACCCCUUUGUUGCUAGAAGGGAAAAAAAAUCUACAACUAGCCUCCACUCAAAACAUAUUCAGCCGGGAUUGACAGCACACACCUGUAAUCCCAGUAGUAAGGAGGCUGAGGCAGGAGACGUGCAAGUUCGAGCCUGAACUACUUAGCAAGACCCUGUCUCAAAAAAAAGAAAAAAAAAAAAAAACCAUUCAGGUUAAGGCAGCAAUGACUUUAAUAAACUGGAACAUCCAUAAUAAUAAUCUCAGACAUUCAGAUUUCCAUGCUAACUAAACUACUUUGUGAACUCGAGCUGAUGGUAUUACAUAUCUCACUGAAGUACUCAAAAAUGUGCCAGGCUUCCUGUAUAUACAACAAAUCCCUGAGAGACUGGCUGGACUCAAAUGACGGGGUUGCAACGUAUUUUCUUAAGUCUUUAACUUGAGAAGUUCAGAAGUUAUUCCUGGUCAGCUCCCUUAGAUGGUACGUCAUGUGACUGUAGUCAGAUAUAUUCAUUCAAAUUGUGUUCAGCUGCUACUCAUGUGCUAGUUUAGGUACUAUCAUAAUGUUAAGAGCCAAGAUGUUAAAGAAUAUGAAAUCUAAGAUACAAAGGUUGAAAUAGUGCUGUAUUAAGCCUAUUUUAAGACUGCCCUGAAGAUGAAGGCCUUAUUCCCUUAUGUCUGAUUUUCAUAAGAUAAUGUAUACAUGAUGUAUUUUAAGUGGCUGUAUGGGUAAUUACCUCACACAAUAUGGGUGGUCGCUUGUAUAACAAAAUUGAUACUGAAUAUAUUGUCUGUAAGUUGUAUCCAUUAUAGACAAUAUGUUCUGCAUUUUCUAGUGUUUAUGUAUGUAACAGAAAAUUCUUUUGCUGAUAUUCAUUGACCAAAUCCUUUAUACAAACUUGUUUGUUGGAAAUAUAUCUUAUUUGAGGGAUCACCUUCUUCUUGGUGUUUAUUUGCUCCUUUGGAAAUGUGUAUGUAAUCUUUCAAGUCAUGUAAAUGCUUAUGAAAAAUGGCAUUGCUGGCUGGGGUGUGGCUCAGUGGUACAGGGUUAGCUUAGCACAAUGUAAAGCCCUGGGUUUGAUCCACAUCUCUGCCAAAUUUAUAUAUAUAGAAGUGAUUCCAUUAGUAUUCUGUUCUAAUACUUGGAAAAUGACCUUCAUAUUUAUAUGUAUUUCUUUCAGUUGCACAAUGAUGAAUCCAGGAGGUGUUUCCUUUUUUAACAAAAACAUGUUUUAUUUGUAAAGUGUUUGUAAUAAUGUAAAGGCAAUUAUAUAUGGUUAAUAAAAGUCAUAUCUUAAAAGUUUA